GAGACUCGGCCCCAAAAGCGGCGGCCAUUGGAGGUGGCUGCGGCAGCUGAUGUGGCCUCAUGGAUGAGCUGGUACAUGACUUAGCGUCAGCCUUAGAGCAGACAUCGGAGCAGAAUAAGCUUGGUGAGCUGUGGGAGGAGAUGGCCCUGAGCCCCCGGCUGCAGAGGCGGCAGCUUCGCAAAAGGAGAGGCCGGAAGCGCCGUUCCGACUUCACUCACCUGGCGGAACAUACCUGCUGCUACAGCGAGGCCUCCGAGUCGAGUCUUGAUGAAGCCAUCAAGGACUGUCGAGAAAUGGCCCCUGUUGCCAAUUUUAGUGACUCCGAUGACACAAUGGUAGCCAAGCGGCACCCAGCUCUCAAUGCCAUUGUUAAGAGUAAGCAGCACUCUUGGCACGAGUCUGACUCCUUUACUGAAAAUGCACCGUGUCGACCACUCCGGCGCCGGCGGAAGGUGAAGCGAGUGACCUCGGAGGUGGCUGCCAGCCUUCAGCAGAAGCUCAAGGUGUCAGAUUGGAGCUAUGAGAGAGGCUGCAGGUUCAAGUCGGCUAAGAAGCAGCGUCUGUCCCGCUGGAAGGAGAAUGCUCCCUGGGCCUCCUCUGGUCAUGGGUUGUGUGAAUCAGCAGAAAAUAGGACUUUCCUAAGCAAAACAGGAAGGAAAGAAAGGAUGGAGUGUGAAGCAGAUGAACAAAAACAGGGCUCUGAUGAGAACAUGUCAGAAUGUGAAACCAGCAGUGUGUGUAGCAGCAGUGACACAGGGCUGUUUACCAACGAUGAAGGACGGCAAGGAGAUGAUGAGCAGAGCGAUUGGUUCUAUGAGGGAGAAUGUGUCCCAGGAUUCACUGUCCCUAAUCUUCUGCCAAAGUGGGCUCCUGAUCAUUGCCCUGAAGUAGAAAGAAUGGAUUCUGGACUGGAUAAACUUUCCGAUUCCACAUUCCUUUUACCUUCUCGACCAGCUCAAAGAGGGUACCAUGCACGCUUGAAUCGUCUGCCUGGAGCUGCAGCUCGAUGCCUCAGGAAGGGCCGAAGAAGGCUUGUUGGGAAGGAGACCAGCAUAAGUUCUGAGAGAAUAGGCCACAUCAUUAGUGACCCUCGGCAGAAGGAUUUCUGGUUACCGUCAGCUGGGAAAAGAGAACGAAAUCAGGUAAGAUCGCUUUUCUUUGUCAUCUUUAUUUUAUCAUUUGAUUUCCUUUCCUUUAGAAAGAAUAAAGCAUUGGCUUCUGAUUUUCCUCACAUUUCUGCUUGUGCACAUGAGUUUAAUCCCUUGUCUCCUCUUUACUCCUUGGAUGUUCUCACCGACGCUUCUCACCGAAGAUGUUCACCAGCACACUGCUCUGCCAGACAGGCAAACAUACAUUUGGGACCCCCAUGUUCACGUGACAUCAAGAGGAAACGGAAACCUGUGGCCACAGCAUCUCUGUCCAGCCCAAAUGCAGUUCACGUGGAUGUAGCGGAACCAAGCACGCCAGCAUCACAGGUCCCGAAAUCUCCAAACCCCGAGUGGUUGGUCAGGACCUCUGCCGCAGAGAGAGCCACUGACUCCGCUCCAGCUACGUUUUUUAAAAUGCCACCAGAAAAGAGCUCCGGAUACAGCUAGAGAGCAGGAUCCCGCCCACCAGGAGCCCACUGGAUGCUGUGAAACGCAUCCUAAACUUGGUAUCAGUCUCGCAUAUCGUAAUUGACAUUCCCAGUCCUUCCACCGCCAGGAUGACCCUUCUUUCACACCAAGCAGUGGACUCUUUCUCUUAUGAAAUCAUGUGGAAAUCUGUUUUUUGGUUUUCUGUUUGUUUUUUU